UGACAGGAUAGUUCACUAUUUCAUUUUAAAAGCAGUUAAGGCCUAACUACAAGCAAAAUUGAGAACGAUUUAAACAAGGAUAUACUUUUUCAUCUGUACAUAGCAACUUCCAAAACCGAAUUACCAGAUGAACAAUGGCGUAUUUUGUUUUAGUAGGACCGUUAAAAAGAGCAAACGAUUCACUGAGUAGGAGCUUGGGACUAUUUGACACUGGCAGAGGCUUUCAUUUUAGACAAAGAAAGUACUCUAAUCCAGUUCAACGUGAAUUUCAACAACUUCAAAUUGAGUGCCAUCAGCUUAGACAAUACAUUGUGCGACAGUCGAAAAUUUAUGCAGAUCGUGUUAAUUGUUUAGAAGAAGUAAGUAAUGAAGUCAUCAGGUUACAGCAAUAUCAAAUUUGCCGUUUGUCGAAAAAGAUAGAGCGUCUUGAUCUGGAAAUUGAUGAAUUGUUAGAAAUGCUACAAAAUGUAGAAUGGAAACACCUUAAAAUAUAUGGCAAAAAUGAACUAGCAGUAAAUAAUGUUACGGUUGAAACUGAUGAAUUAAUAUGUGAUUUAAGAAAUCAGCUUCAAAAAGCAUUAAACGAUAAUCACGAAAAAGAGAUUAAAAUGAAUGACAGCACAACUUUACUUAAGACGACCAUUGCGCAACUUGAGAAAGAGAUUGGACUUCAGGACCUAAAAACUAUAAAUAUAGAGAAAAAACUUGAGAAUAAAAAGACAGAAAUAGAUAGUAAAAAUGAAGAGCUGGCUAAAAAAAGAUAGACAAUUAUCUGAACAAAAAGAUCAACUGCAGCAGAUUUUGAGCAAGCUGCAUGCAACAGAGGAUACUACAAUGGGUGGAACUAUCACGUCCCUUGAGACGAAAAACAAGAACCUCGAAGAAGAAAUAGAAAAAAAUCCAGAUAAGCAUUUGGACAAUAAAACGACUGAAAUAAUUCAUAUUAACAGGUCACUUCAAGGAACAUCUGCUAUUAAUGGAACUGACGCGGACGGAACUAUUGCUUCUCUAAGACAGAAAAUUGAGCAUCUUGAAGAAGAGGCUCGUGACCAUGAGUUACAGAUUAAAAAUCUAGAGGAAUUGUUAACUUCUGAAAGGCUGGCCACAAGUGAGAAAUAUGAACUAGUAAGACGAGAAAUGAAAGAAAAAGACGACCAGCUGCAGGAAAUGAGAGGUGAACUCCAACAGACCUUUAAAUUGAUGCAUGAAAAAGAAGCUGAAUUAGGUGGAAUUAUUACUUCACUACAGAAAGAUGUCACGAAUAUUGAAAAAAAGGUUACGCAACGUGAUCUAAAAGUCAAAGAUCUAGAGUUAAAAAGGCGUAAAGAUGUGCACAAAAGUGACAAAAAUCAACAAUUAACUAACAAAUUGAUGAAAGAGAAGGAUGAUCUGUUAUCUGCCCAGAGAAAUAAACUGCAAUAUAUUACAAAAACUUUGGAAGAAAAAGAGGUUGAAAUGAAUGAAACCAUCACUUCACUCAAGAAGAAAAAUCAGCAUCUUGAGGCUGAAUCCGCCGACUGCCAUGAACUACACCUAAAAGGAACGACGAAGACGUUGGGCCAUAAGAAUAUUGAAAGCGUUAACAGAAAACAAGCGGAAAAAGAGAUAUUAGUACUGAAGGUCAAAUUGCAAAAUGCUUUGACAAAACUGAAAGACACAGAGACUGAGCUUGAUGAAACUAAAACUAGACUUAGUAAAGCUAUGGGAGACAGGCUGACGGAUAACAACCCAAAUAUAGCCGACCUCAGCGAUAGAAAUCGCCCUACAAAACUCGCUGAAAGAUAUGCUGAGUUGUAUGAUAAUCAGUGGACAGACGCGUUUGACAUUCUUGUAACCUACUUCCAUAGAGAGGGAAAUGCAGUAGAAGCUCUGCUAAAGAUUCUGCAGGUCAUUAUUAUGCAUGCCAAAGAAGGCAGAUAAGUAUUUAAAAUGAUUGGUCUAUUGCAUUUUCUUGAAAGACCACUCCGGACUAAAAUCAUUUAUAAACAUGGCCAGAUUUUUUUACCAAAAAUGUGAAGGAUAUUUUAAAGAAAGCUGAUAUAUAGUACCUUUACAAAAUGAGAUAAAAACUGCUCACAUAUUUGUCAUAAAGAUGGCAGUUUCUAUCUAGCAGCAAAAAUUUAUUGAAAACUAGUAGGUUCGAACCAACCUUACACGUACCCUACUCCACUCAUACUCAACUGAAUUGGUCAACUCGCACUAUGAAAGUGGUCAAUUUGUUACCAUACAGGUCAAAUAUUACAUCUUUUAUUUUCAUGUUUUUAAUAAUAAUGUUCAGUGGUAUUCAAUGAUUACACAAAACUAAGUAUGGGUUAACUAAUUUGUGUACGACAUGGUCGAAUAUGUUUCUGGACACGGUCUAACUUUUGAACAUGUAUGUAUUAUUAUUUUAAACAGUAAGCCGGCCAUACUGUAUCUCGAAGAAUAGUUAAUAUUCUCUUUUAAAGCAUUCAAAUAUAUUAGAUUCGAGGCUAUAACAUAUUAAUGUAAUCGUUUUAGAUAGAGCGUUUCUUGGACAUAGAACUUUUCAUAACUCAGUAUUAUCUAUUUCUCUAGGAUGUUAUGCGUUUCUGCCAAAUGAAGGGACAAAAACAAAUGGAGAGUUUACAUGUGCUGGAAUUUUCAGACAAGCAUGACCGCAGAGACUUAUCAGCAGAUAUGCACAAUAUCUUAAAGGUUGGCCGCAAAGCAAUGGCAUCUGUUGCUGUAGGAAACUUAUUUCAAAUGUACGUGUCACAUCUUAAUGGCUCAACUCAGACCGAUAAAGCAUCAAGGAUAGCUUUGAACGUUAGUUCAUUUACAAAAGAAUGUCUUGAAGUCUGCUGGUUUAUGACGAUUCAGGAUCCGUCUGUUGUAUUUGCUCCGUUACUUAGACGAGGUACACGAUUCAACACUGACCUGUUCAAACCAUACACAAGCAGCGGUACACACGUCGACUACGUGGUCUGGCCUGCUCUACUUUUACACGAAGGAGGGCCGGUUUUGGCGAAAGGCGUGGCUCAAGGGUACAACACAAAAGAAAAACAAAAGUCAUAACAACAAGUAAUACAUUGAUAAGACAACAGUGGGUAGAGAAGAUAGAUGCAGAUUACCUUAGAUAAUUGCUAAAUGCCAGUCACACACCUGGUCUGGUGAUAACUAUUACUCCUAAAGUGACUCAUUCAUGUUUUCAAGUUUUCUCAACAUUUUUUACCACUUGUAAUUUGUAAAUGUCGCUCUUUAUGUAAAUCAUUUGAAAUAUGUUCCUUACCCAGGAAGAGUGCAACAGGAUAAAUUGGAAUUCUAUAAAGCUAACAUUUAAAAUUUGUGCGAACUGUAUUUUUCAGAUUUACUCUGAUUUGUCCCAUAAUAUUUCUCGCAAAAUGUUGAUUGACGACAUUGUGCAAACAUGCAUUUGGCCACACCGUCUAUAUUAUGAUACGAGCUUGUCAAAUAUCUCGCAAAAACUGUAAAUAGUAUUACGGCGUAUAUCAUAUAGUUAAUAAGUAACACUUAAUUAUCAAUCAUUUUGAAAGUUUACCACAUAACACUCUCUAAAAUCAUACAUUACCUUUACUGUUUUCUUUAAUGUGACCCACAAAGAGAACAAAAAGAUAUUUUUAUAAUUAGUUUAUACUAAUAUACUUUAUGUCGAUUGUGUAGCAUGUUCUACUACUUAUAUCAACCACUCUCAACAGCUCAUUCCUGAUGGAAUCCGUCGCCAUGCGGGUAUGAGAAAAUAGAAGCCAGUCUCUCUUAAUCAGCUGUGCGCCAAACAAAGAAGCUUCUGCUACCAAUUUUCACGUCUUUGGUAUCACGUGGAUCAAACUCACAACCUCCCGCUCUCGGACGCUUUACCAGUAGGCUUUCGAGGCGGUAAGAGAUUAUUAUAAUCAGAAUUGAAAAUACAGCAUUCAUUAUAAUUAAUGUAUUCUUCGCAUGCAUUACCUUAUAGUCAUGAUUACUUUCAAAGAAGAAAACAGGACUUGACAAAGCAUAUAAACUACACCAUGUGAUGAAAAUCAGUGCUGUAGUUAAAUACUCUUCACUGGUUUAAAUGUAAUACCUUAUUCAUAUUUACAGGUCAAGGUGGCACUUGAUUCAGUAAAUGAAUAUCUAUGUUGUGAUUCUUCUCCGAAAUCCACAUUAUUAUAGGGAUACAUUUGGAAGCUUACUUGUCGACCAACUCCCUCCAGUGUGAUUUCAAUUUCCCGUUUUUAAGUUUAACGUCAUUUGGUAGUCACACAUAAGGUUAUAGCAGUGUUAAUGGUUUAUCUUGAAGUAAAUGAGUUUACAGUUAGGUUAUAUCGCAGCAAAUAAUAUAGCAUCUGUAUCGAUAUUCAAAUCAUCGGUACAGGUUUUUCAGAUAUUCACUAAACUUGAAACAAAACAUUUUCAAUAUUGUCUCAUCUUUUCUGAAAGAACGGUUUCUGACACAGGCCGAGUUGGCUACAUUGCUUUAACCAAUCAAAUCAAAAGAAUCUUAUUCUGACCGAGAUGAAGCAAAGCGGGGCUAGCUCUAUUAUCGUAUAAGUUUGGCAAUUCGAGCAGUAUUACGGCAGGUACGAUAUAUGAAAUUAAUAAAGAAGUUAUUUUUUUAUCUACUAUGUAAAACCCCUUAACCCCCCCCCCCCCCCCCCUCAACACGCACGUCCCACACCCUAAAGAAGUUAUGUAUAUAUCUAUAAUUAUGUCAAGCCCAUUACACCCCCACCCCCAUUCCCUCUCCUCCAAACACACACGUCCCACACCCAAAAAAUGCGUAGCUCUAUCAGAUGUAUUUUCAUUUCUGAUUAUAAUUAUCGUUAUAGAUAAUUUCAUCGUUAUUUCUAUUAUUUUUAUUAUGUCUAUACCUAAUUACAUUUCUAGGUAUUGUGUUUCAUAAAAAUGUUUAUCGUCUGUUGCCACAUUCUUAUAAUUAACAUAUUAAAAGCUUCUUACAGUAAAUGUUAUUUUCCUGAUACAUGUAGUUGGAUGGCAUAAUUGUACCAUUACAUAAGAAAAACGAUCCGGAAUUAGCCAGUUACUAUAGAGGCAUUACAUUAGUUAGUUGUUUUUCUAAAAUAUUUACAGGUUUCCCUAACCAAAGGAUUAAUAACUGGAUUGAAAGUAAUAAUAUACUUAGUGAUGCUCAGUUUGGAUUUAGAAAGGGUCGUUCGACUGUUGAUGCCAUUUUUGUAUUAAAUACACUCAUUCAAAAUGUUUUAAAUAAUAAUGGCCGUCUUUCAUGUGUUUUUAUUGAUUUUCAGAAAGCUUUUAAUAGUAUAUAUCGUAAUGGAUUGUAGUUCAAAUUAUAUAAACUAGAAAUUGCUAGUAAAACACUGCGUAUUAUUCUGGACAUGUAUUCUAAAGUUAAGCUCUGUAUACGGGGGUGUAAGACGUAUUCGGAUUUUUUUAAUGUUCAUUGGGCUUAAAACAAGGGGAAGUAAUUUCGCCCGUUCUUUUUUCUCUUUACCUAGAAGACAUAGAGUUAUCUUUGAUUGACGGUAUCGACAACGGCUUCAAUUUAGAUGAAUUUACUUUUAUUUUAUUGUUGUUUGCCGAUAACAUUGUCAUUAUUGGUAAGAAUCCAGAGGAUCUACAAAAUCGUUUAACUUUGUUAAAGGAAUAUUGUAUAAACUGGGGUUUACAAGUUAACCCAGAUAAAAGCAAAAUAGUAAAAUAGUUGUUUUUAGAAGGCGUGGGUCAGUUAGACGUAAUGAAGUUUGGUAUUAUGACAAUAAGACCCUUGAAAUUGUUGACAAUUUUAACUUUUUAGGAACAGUGUUUAAUUAUACUGGUACAUUUCUAUCAAAUCAAGAAACAAUUGCUGGAAAGGGCUUUAAACCUAUGAACGUUCUACUAAACAAUAUUAGUAAAUUAUCUCUUAAA